AUGCUAAGGAAUAUAUUUGGAAAUAGAAAAGCUUGUAAUAAAAUUCGAAUAUUGAAUUCGCGAUAUAUUCAUAAUAGUCAUUUAAAUAAGACCCUUAAAAAUCGAUAUAAUGAAAAAGUAAGAGAUAAAUAUUUGGAUAAUAUAUACAACAAUGAAAUCGAUAUUAAUACUAUAAACAGAAAUGUGAAAAAUAAAAAAAUAGAUUACCUUAGACAAUUAAUAUACGAUGAAAUUGAUGGGGAUGAGUAUUUACUAAAUGAAAAUAUCAUUCAAGAAAUCAAAAAAAAAAAUAAUAAUAAUCAAAGCAGUAUUAAUAAUAAUGGGGAUCCAGAAAAUUCGAGACUCCAAUGUAAAAAUAAACAAAGUAAGGAUGAAAAUACAGAAAUGGGUGAAUCCCAAUAUAAACAGGCUAUCCGAAUAUAUAAUUUAUUGAAGUUAAAUGAUACAACAAGUAUUUUUGAUGAAGAUGUUUUUAUGAACAUAGAUAGUAAAAUAAAUCAUGACAUAUAUGAAUUUGCCAAAAACAAUAUUAUAAAUGACAAUUAUAAUAGUGUAGAAACCAAAAAAAAUAUUAAAGAAAAAACUAUAGACGUAAAAGCAGUUGAAAUUAAUCCAAUUACUGAUACAUCCGCCAGUUCGGAACAAAAAAAAGAUGGCAGUAACGAUUCUACUGAUAGUACUGUAAUAAAUAAUGGUACAAAUGAUAAUAUAUCAAAUGACCAACCAUUUGAUGAAAAUAACUUUAUGAAUAUAACAAAAAUGAAUUUGCCUGUAUUUAAUCCAUCUAGCUUUUGCUUGGCUAUUGAGUCAUUAACUAACCAUAUAUGUGACGACUUAAUUUUUUUAUUUGGAGAUUUAUCAGAUAAAAUAAAAAUCCCAGAUAAUAAUGAAAACGAUAGAUUAUAUAAAUUUGUGCAAUCAUUGUGUAAUUUUUUUUGUUUAGAAAAAAAUGAGCACGAUGUAGACAGAUGGAUAGAAGAUGUUUACAAAGAUAUAAAAGAUAAAUUACCAUCAAACAUUCGUAAUAUUAAAGAUGAUUAUAUAAAGAAUUGGUUAAAAGGGCAUAUAAAUAGAGUUUUAAUAAAUGAAAAAAAAAACAAUGAAUUUUUAUAUAAAGAAAAAUAUUAUAAUUUAGGAAAUGAUUUUUUAUAUGAUAGUUUAUCAAUAGAUAAUGAUACUGUUGUAGAUACAAAAAAACAAUUUUCUACAUCUAAGUUGACAUAUUAUUUUAAGACAAUUAUUGAAUUUUUAUUAGACAAAAAAAUAAAUAGUGAUUUAGAAGAACAAAUAAAUAUGAUGUUUUUAAAUUUAAAAAAAAUCGGUUUAGAUAAUUGGUUAAAAAUGGAUGUAAGAGAUUUUGAAAAAUAUCUUUUACGAAAUAAUAAUUCAAAUUUUCUCGAAAUUGUUGAAAAUGAUAAGUAUACCUCUUAUCUAAUGCUAAAAUGUGCUAGCAGAAAUAUUACGGAUUUUACCUUUUAUGAAGAAUUUUCUCCAUUCUAUCUUUUUCAUGAAAAACCCAAAAACUCUAUAGAAGAAAGGAUAAAUAAUAUACAAGAGAAUAAACAUAUAUCUGAUCAAGAAUUAAAAAAUAUGAUAUAUUCAGAUCAAUCUUCUUUAACUAUUAUUAAAACUGAUGAUAAGAGUGGUGAAUCAUACAAUGAAAUGGAUAUUGAUCUAUUUAUAGAAAAGGAAAAAAAAUAUAACAUGAACAGAUCUCUGAUUACUUAUUCCUUUGAUCAAAAUACAGAUACUUAUAGCUACAAAUAUAAGCAGAUACCUAAUACUAUUUAUGAUCACAAUACAAACAAAUACAUAAGAGAAAAAGAUACGAUUGAUCCCAUGUUAAAAUUAAAUGAAAUGAGGUCAUCAAUAUUGGAAGUUAAAAGAAUGAUGAGCAUGACAAAAGAUGGAAGAGUAUAUUACAUAAGAAUAAUCAUAAUCAUAGGAAACGGAAAAGGUGUAUAUGGCUAUGGAGUAGGAUUUGGAAAAAAUCUUAAGGAAGCACGAAACAGCGCUUUACUAAAUUCAAUUAAUAACUUAGAUUUUAUAGAUUAUAAUUAUAAAAAUUGCAUUUUGAAUUUUCCAGUAAGUGGACAAGAAUAUUCAUCACAUGUAAAAAUAAUACCUAGGCCAUUAGGGAAAGGAUUAAAAAUAAAUAGAAAAUAUUUACCAUUAGGAUAUAUAUUAGGAUUAGAUAAUGUAAAAAUAUCUUUUAGUGGCAGUAAUAAAUGGAUGAGUAGAAUAAAGGCAUUAAAAAGAUGCUUAGACAAAAUUGUAUCUAUUAAAACAUUAUGUAAAAUGACGGGGAAAAAAUAUGUCUGUCAUUUUGCACCACAUUAUUGCACUAGUCAUUGGCCAGAUUAUUGGUUUAAAAAUAUAUUAAAAGAAUAUAAAUAUAAAAUCCAAAGAAUUCAAAAAAAAAGAGCUGCAGUGUGUAGAAAAAAUUUUAGAUCGAAUAUUUCAAAAAUUCCCGAAGAGGUAUACCCAGAUUUUACUCCAUAUACUUGGAAAACUCCAAUUCAAAAACACAUCGAAUCACAAAAAUUUAAAAAAUAUAUUGAUAACAAUAUUUACCACACCAAUGUAUUCUAA